AUGCCCGUACUUGUAGAACCAUUAAACACAAACCAACAAUUUAAUUCAAAAGAAGACAUAGAUUUAAGACCCUGGGAGAUUACAGAUAUUGACAAAUAUAAUGGGCAUGAAGGCGAUCAGAUGCCUGUAAUCUCUCCUUUAUAUCCCGAACAGAAUACAGCAUAUAAUGUUAAUUUGAAUACAAGAAAAUUAAUUACAAAAAUCAUGAAAGAAGCUUCCAAUUUAGUUCAAAAUGAAGGACACAAUAAUUAUUUAAAACUCUUUGAAAAUUUUGAUCAUAAAAAAUAUUACAAUUAUUUUAUUUUAAUUACGUGUUUGGAGACGGAAAUACAAAAAGAUAAUAAUUGUAUUUCUGUAAAAGCAAAAUUAAGAAGAACGUUAUUUAAGUGGGCGGAUUUGGCCAGGAUAAAAGAUCAAAUUGAGCAUUAUCAUGUGAUCAGUAGUUUUCAAAGAAAAGAAGAAAGUUGUUUUAUUGAAGGGUAUGUUCAUAAAUAUUUUCUGGAAUUCAACUGGGAGCUCAAAAGAUUACAUAUAAUGUUAAUCCAAAUUAGGCAUUUAAAGCAUCAGCUAGUGCAAAAGGUCCGGUCAGUCAGUCCGGUCUUAAGCUUGGUCUUAUGUAGAUCGGACUCACAAACUUAG